AUGGAUGAAAUAAUAAAGGCAGUGAAAAGGAGGAAAGUUUAUAAGAUGAGAAAUAGAGAAUUAAAAAUUCUCUGUUAUGCAGAUGAUUCUAUUCUCAUAGCAGAGUGUGAAGACGACCUACAAAGAUUGGUCCACAAGUUUAACAUAGUAGCGAAGAAGCUGAAUUUCAUCGCAAAAAACAAAAACACUGGCAUCACUCUAUCAAGCUAUGGAGAUGCAGAAUCAGAAGUAGGAAAACAAAUACAGAAAGCCAAUAGAGCAGCAGGAUGCCUCAAUAAUACAAUAUGGAGAAACAAACAUAUUAGAACAGAAACUGAGACUAUAAUUUACAAAGUUGUUAUAAGACCAAUAAUGACAUGCACAGCAGAAACGCGGACAGACACAUCCAAAACACAAAGAAUGCUGGAAGCAGCAGAGAUGAGAAUAUUGAGGAGAAUAACGGGGAACACACUGAGAGAUCGAAAAAACAACCAUAUAACUAGAAUGACAGAUGAUAGGGUAGUAAAGAUCGCAAGAGACAAAUCGCCGGCCGGGAGGAGAAGUUUCGGUCGACCCCGGAGAAGAUGGAGCGAUAAUAUAACUUAA